GGGAGAAGCGGAUAUAGUGAAUGCGGGGUCCGGGGGUGAGAGCGGAUAUAGUGAAUGCGGGGUCCGGGGAGAGCGGAUAUAGUGAAUGCGGGGUCCCGGGGAGAGCGGAUAUAGUGAAUGCGGGGUCCCGGGAGAAGAGCGGAUAUAGUGAAUGCGGGGUCCGGGGAGAGCGGAAGCAUAUGUGAAUGCGGGGUCCGGGGAGAGCGGAUUAUAGUGAAUGCGGGGUCCGGGGAGAGCGGAUAUAGUGAAUGCGGGGGUCCGGGGAUGGACGGGAGCGGAUUAUAGUGAAUGUGCGGGUCGGGGGAGAGCGGAUAUAGUGAAUGGGACGGUUCCGGGGAGAGCGGAAAUAUGGAAUUGCGGGGUCUGGGGAUGAGCGGAUAUAGUGAAU